GUCAAGGGCAUCGGCACCCCUCUCUUUCUAUCUAACUCACCAUUUUUCCUCAGCCGCAGGUGCUCUGCUCUCCACCAUCGCUUCCACCUGCAACCCUUUCCCACCACCGUCUCCCCCCUGCCUUCCGUUUCUCUGGCCACUCCCUCCAUCCUUCGCCUCUCUCGCCACUCAGAAAUGCUAUUUGUUGUCUUUCUGAUGAGGAUCAACUGUCAGCUGUAAACAAUUGAGUCUGGGUGGCAUGUGAUGAUAGCGUAGAGGAAGAUUUUUAAUGGACCUGACCGCUAAAAGGCAUUUGAUUCAUUAUUAAGAUUCAAAAGGUGAAAAACUAUAAAAGAACAGAAAAAGGAAGGAGUAGAUGGAUUUAGCAGACAAGGCCGUGGGGCUGCUGUUAUCGGUAAUCAGCUUGUCAGUUUUCACUUACUAUACAUUCUGGGUGAUCAUACUGCCGUUCGUUGAUACUGAUCAUUUUGUGCACAAGUACUUUUUGCCUCAAGAAUAUGCCAUUCUGAUUCCGGUGUUUGCUCUUGCGGCGCUGCUUUGCUUCCUUUGCAUGUUUGUUGGAUAUGUGAUGCUCAAAUCCAAAAAGAAGAAGGCAUAAUGCAAGAUCUAUAGUGUGUGCUGCAACUAUCAUUUUUUUUGUCACAUACAGAUAGUUUUAUUGCUGGGUUUCUCUUUUACUUGUAAAUGGAGGAUUUAGAUGAUUGCACUCAGUUCCUGUUAAUUUGGUGAAACCUGAAACUGGUAAUUGUCUUAGAAAAAAAGCUGACAAAUUGCAGAUAAAGAUUAUCUUCAGAUAUUGUUAGCCUGCUCUUGUAAGAGAGCAGUUGGUAUCAUUUUGUUUCGCAAGAUCUAGCAUUUAUCUUUUAGUUGUGGAAAAACAAUGCCAUAAUUUUGCUUAUGUACACC